ACACUGCUAAACUGCAAGCACUGACUGCUAUUAUGAGCGAAUACAUUCAUGUUUGUACAGUAUCUUCAGGUCAGCUUUGACAGGAAAGGGUUAAUUUUCCAUUAGCUGUCUACCCGGAUGCAGUCAUGUGCACAGCCAAAAAAUCCUGCUGACAUCCCUGGUAAGACAGAUGGACAGCCCAAGGAGCCAACCAGAAUGUCCGAUAACAUCCCAGCUGGCCAAUGGCACAGUGGUGGGGGAUGGCCUGGUGGCUUUGCUCGGGGGCUCGGGGAGCUCAGCCUCUGUGUGUGUGUAGCAUCCCUGAAGCUGCUUGCGCUGCUUCAACUGCAAGGAGCAGGAGGAAAACAAUGGGGUCUAAAGGGAGAGCUCUGGAGAGCGCUGCAAGUAACGCUUGAGUGGGCAGCACAACCAUUGGUGCAUCCUUGUCUCCCGGGAACUACUGACUCACCGGGAAUGGAUUUUGCUGUUAAAAAAUUUACAACCCUUCAGCAAUAGAUCCUCCUCCUCUUCCUCUUCCUCUGGAUCUGAAAGGAAGAAGGAGAAAGAGAAGUGGAAGGGAAAAACAGUGAGAAAGAGACAGCAAGAGAGAGAGAGAGAGGUUAUCUCUUUUCUUACAGGGUCCUCAUCAUCACCCUAUCCUGUGGCUCCUACUAUCAGCUGUGUCAGUGUAUUCCUUCCAGAUAAGGUCUAUUUUUGCGUCGGGGCGCCGGGACAUGUCUCUGGCGGAAGCAGCAUCCUGGGAGCAGCCGAGCUGCGGCCCUGUGCCAGCCGAGGCGCAGCACUGAGGCGCAGAUCGGAGACGCCACGCUGAGAUAACGGGCCCCAGCUCCAGUACCACCCCCACACAGCGCCGCCGUCUGAUCGUUUGUCUCGUCUGCCACGCUUCCCCCCCCCCGUCUCUCUCUUUCUCCCUUCUCUCUCUUCUUUUGUCUUCCUCGGUGCAUCUCAGCAUGGCGGUGUCUACAGCUGCAGGACCGGACCUCUUCCUGACUCCCACGCCCAACCCCACCACCCUGCCCUCGCUGUCCGCCGUGCCUGCCACCCCCACCUCCUUCCCUGUGACCACCGUGGGGCUCACGACUGCCGCGGAGAACAUCACGACUGCCGCCGCGCCGACUAUCCCUCUGACUACUCUGCUGACCACCACGCUGUCGGGCAACCAGACAGCCUUCAAUGGCACAGGGCUGCCCCAGCUGGCGGAGCAGGUUGCGGGAAUGGGCAUGGUGCUCGUGCCCUUCGCCAUCAUCACUGUCCUUGGCCUGCUGAUAAUCGUGCUGUUAUAUGUAAGGAAACGGAAAAGACUGGAGAAGCUUCGGCACCAGCUCAUGCCCAUGUACAACUUUGACCCGGGAGAGGAGCAGGACGACCUGGAGCAGGAGCUGCUGGACCAUGGGCGAGACGGCAGCCCAGCUGGGCCCAAUGCCAAGUUAUGACACCUGACUGGUGAAAUGGUGGUAGUACCGUGUGACACUGACAACAAGCCAGGGUACCACUCAGAGGCCCAGCCGGCUGGUCUUCACCGAUGUGGCUGACGCCAUCAACGCAUAAUGCGCAUGAACCUGACAAACUAAAUUGAAUGAUGACAGGACUAAAGAUCUGAAAAGAUGGACUGAAGACUUUGAAGCAAUGACAUCCUUGGAGGACAGCUCCAGGAUUUUAGCCAUGACUUUGGGUGCGUGAUGAGAGGGAGGAAGAUUGUUAUCUGUGCUGGUCUGCACCACAAACAACAUCUUGUCUUCCAAUUCGAAUUUGUCUGUCAUGGACAGAGAAUGAUGUUUAUCGACGUUGAAUGAUGAAUAGGGGUGAUAUUAAUUUGUUGAUAUUUCAGGCUUCAUGUAUUCAAGCAAUCAUUUCCUGAGUGUCGUUUCUUGUUUAUUGUAGGUGUAUCUGAGAACAUUGCACUAUCUGACACCUUUUUGUGUGGAAAUUCACUGCUGAAUGGAUGGCAUGUCAACAGUGUUCUUGUAUUCAACGUUUAUUUCCUUAUGGUCACUCCAAUCCUCUAAAUAGGGCAUACAAAUAUGACUUUAUAUGAACACCUGUGGGAAGAAUUUAGAAAACAUGAACUUAUCGUUGCCGUGGAUUCUGCCAGUUAGCGUAGCGUAGGUGAUGACGUUCAAGUGUCCCCUUUCAAACUGGAGUAACUGCACUUCAUUUUAUGCCCAUGCAAUAUUGACUGGAGCUAUGUUGCUGGAGCUGGUGAGACGACUGGAAUCAGAGUUCUGAACUCUUAAGCUGACUUUUAGAUGACACUUGGGACACACGCUUCUGUGGCUAAGCGGACGAUGUGGACUGGAUUCCUUUGAUGACUGUUCUGUUGUUUGGAUACACUGCUGCAUGCAUUUUAGUGUCUCAUGGAAUGUCUUAACGCUGGGUCCUGGGAACCUUCAACAACAAUAGUUGGCCAGGUGUGGAAAAGACAUGCGGAUGAUAAAGGGAAACAGAAGAGUGAUGGAUCAGAGGAAGAGAGAAAGAGAGGAAUAAUAAAAGAAAGAAGAAAUGUCCUCUGCCCCACCUGACAUACUUUACAAGGGGACCAUUGUGAGAAUGUAGUGUUUUAAAUAUACUUUUGUGACUAAGGGAAUAAAUACAUGAACAAAUACUUUC